AUGACCACAAUCCCUCGGAAGCUAUGGGAGCACCCCGACCCGCAGUCAACCAGAAUGGCUGACUUCCAACGACAAUUGGAGAAGUCGACCAACCAGAAGUUCAGCGAAUUCCACGACAUGUAUCAAUAUUCAGUCAACAAUCGAUCGGAAUUCUGGGAAUUCUGCUGGAAAUACUUCCAAGUGAUCCACGAAGGCACAUACAACACGGUAGUAGACGAGUCCGCUCGUAUGGACAGUAUUCCAGAAUGGUUUGCCGGGGUCCGACUCAACUUCGCAGAGAAUCUCCUCUUCUCGCGCGGUGGUAGCAAGACCGGCAAAGAAGAUGACAAGAUUGCCGUCAGUGAAGUGCGAGAAGGUGCCGCACACGAAGUCGUCCAUUUGACCUGGGGCGAACUUCGCCGACGAACCGGAGCGCUGGUACAAGCGAUGAAGGCCAACGGCGUAGUGCGCGGUGAUCGGAUCGGUCUCUGUGCGGCGAACAGCAUCGACACGCUACUUGUGUUCUUGGCUUCGACUGCCUUGGGUGCGAUUUUCUCGUCGAGCUCGACAGAUAUGGGCGUGAAGGGAAUCUUGGAUCGAUUGAUUCAGAUCAAACCGCGCUGGUUGUUUAUGGACGAUUUUGCAGUUUAUAACGGGAAGAAUAUUGAUCUCCGGCCGAAGAUUCGAGAGAUCGUUCAGGGCAUGGCGUCUGUGACUGAAUUCCAUGGCGUCGUUUCGCAAUCUCGAUUCUCUUCACCCGCGGAUGUCAGUUUUAUUCCGAGGACGCAGACUUGGUCUGAAUAUCUCUCCAAAGCAGGCGGUAAUGAGAGACUCGAGUUUGAGAGGGUUGGAUUCCGCGAGCCAUUCUUGAUUGUCUAUUCCUCUGGCACGACGGGGCAGCCAAAAUGCAUCGUGCAUUCCGUUGGUGGAGUAUUGCUGAAUUCGAGCAAAGAGGGCAGCUUGCAUAGCGAGCUAGGGCCUGAUAGCGUUGUCUUGCAAUAUACCACCACUGGCUGGAUCAUGUAUAUGAGUGCCGUGCAGACGCUUCUGUUUGGAGCGCGUGUGGUUCUUUACGAUGGAUCUCCAUUCAUUCCAGGUAUCACGGCUUUGAUCACUCUCGCAGCGCAGGAGAAGGUGACACAUCUUGGGAUCUCUCCUCGGUGGUUGCAUGAGUUACAGCAAGCUAAAAUCAAACCGCGCGAGAUGGUGGAUCUAAGCUCGUUGCGGGUUGUGACAAGCACUGGCAUGGUCUUGCGGGAUGCCCUAUUCGAAUGGUUUUACGACGAGGGAUUCCCACGUCGCGCUCGCCUGAACAAUAUCUCAGGUGGCACUGACUUGGCAGCAUCGUUUGCUACAAGUAAUCCUCUAUCGCCCGUCUAUGUUGGAGGGUGCGCAGGUGGGUCUCUCGGCAUUGCCGUCGGGGUUUACGACCCUACCAUUGAAGGUGGCGAUGGCACGAAGGGAAUACCUGUCGACGAGGGCGAGCCCGGAGAAUUGGUAGCCACGUCUGCAUUCCCUACCAUGCCCACGAUGUUUUGGGGCGACCAAGACGGCAAAAAGUAUUUUGAUGCCUAUUUCAGUAGAUUCGAUAAUGUGUGGACGCAUGGCGAUUUCAUUUCAAUUCAUCCAAUCACCAAGCAGAUCUUGUUUCAUGGACGCGCCGACGGGGUCCUCAACCCCUCGGGAGUACGAUUUGGUUCCGCCGAAAUUUACCGAGUGAUCGAGGGUCGGUUCUCUGCAGAGAUCGCCGAUUCGAUCUGUGUCGGCCAGCGACGGCCCAACGAUACUGAUGAACGCGUCAUGCUGUUUUUGCUCAUGAAACCAGGGGUGUUGUUCACACCGGACCUGGUGGCUCGAGUAAAGACAGCCAUUCGUUCAGAGCUAAGCGCCCGCCAUGUACCGAUAAUUGGAAGACUGACCCAGAUCUACGUCAUUCAGACCACGGUAAAUGGUAAGAAAGUGGAAACGCCCUUGAAAAAGAUCGUGUCUGGCCAAGUGGUCAAGCCCUCGGGGACUCUAUUGAACCCAGAUAGUCUGAAAUUCUACUAUCGAUUCGCCGAGGUGGAAAAGCUGCGCGAGAACAAGCUCUGA